GUGUUGUUCUGUCAUUUCUUCAUAUCUGUCAUUUGUCAAAAAACAAUUACUCUUAAAAAAAUAAUAAUCAAAUAAUAAUAACCGAAGAAGCAGAAACAACGUUCCACUCAUCAUGUCCGAAAAAAUCAACGCUAUAAGGUCCCAAUUAUCCAACAUAAUAGCAUCAGGAGGCUCCCACAAAGACCAAGCCGAAAAAUACCGCAUAAUCCUCGAGAACAUCCUCACCGGUUUAGGACCAGACCUAAGCGAAGGUCUUCAGAUCUUCAUCGAAGCAAUCGUCAAUGAAAACGUCAGCCUGGUGAUCUCCAGACAAAUCCUCACCGAAAUCGGCGCCCACUUAAUGAAGCUCCCGGACGACAUCUCCAAAGACGUGUGCCACUACAUGCUCGACAAAGUCCAGCCGCGCGUCAUCUCUUUCGAAGAGCAAGUGGCCAGCAUUCGGCAGCACCUCGCCGACAUUUACGAACGCAACCAAAUGUGGCGCGAGGCCGCCAAUGUUCUAGUAGGCAUCCCCUUAGAAACGGGCCAAAAGCAGUACACCGUCGACUACAAACUAGAAACUUAUCUAAAAAUCGCUCGUUUGUAUUUAGAAGACGAUGAUCCGGUUCAAGCAGAAGCGUUUAUUAAUCGGGCCUCCCUUUUGCAGGCGGAGUCGAAAAAUGAGCAGUUGCAGAUUUACUAUAAAGUGUGCUAUGCGAGGGUUUUGGAUUAUAGGAGGAAGUUCAUUGAGGCGGCGCAGAGGUACAACGAGUUGUCGUACAGAGUGAUUGUGCACGAAGAUGAGAGGAUGACGGCUUUGAGGAAUGCUUUGGUGUGCACUGUUCUGGCGUCAGCGGGACAGCAGAGGUCGCGGAUGUUGGCUACUUUGUUCAAGGACGAAAGGUGCCAGCAGCUGCCCGCUGUUGCCAUUUUGGAGAAGAUGUACCUCGAGAGGAUUAUUAGGAGGUCGGAGUUGAGGGACUUUGAGGCGCUGUUGCAGCCCCAUCAAAAAGCUUGUACCAUAGACGGCUCGACGAUUCUGGAUCGUGCCGUCAUCGAACACAACCUCUUGUCCGCGAGCAAACUCUACAAUAACAUAAGUUUCGAAGAAUUGGGUGCUCUUCUGGAAAUCCACCCAUCAAAAGCUGAGAAAAUCGCUAGCCAGAUGAUAACCGAAGGUCGCAUGAACGGCUACAUCGACCAAAUCGACUCCAUUGUCCACUUUGAGACUCGCGAAACCCUCCCCCAGUGGGACAAGCAAAUCCAGUCUUUAUGCUACCAAGUGAACUCAAUCAUCGAGUCCAUCGCGAAGAACGAGCCCGAGUGGAUCAGCAAGGUCAUGGAAGAGCAAAUGGUAUCUUAAUAAAAACACAACAUUUUGUAAAUUAUUUAUUGUUUUACAAUACUUCAUGUCAAAAAAAAGGUCGAAUUAAAAGCUUGCACAAGUAAAAAAA